AUGUGGGUGAAAUUGCUCUCUGUAGUUGCAGAAUUUUGUUUUUCCCCUUUCCUAGUUACUGAUCAAGAGACGGCUUCAGAUGCUCUGGAGAAAAGCUCUCUGUCCUCUGAAGACCCUCAGCAGCCCACUAGUACUGUUGCAGUAACGAAAGAUUCUAGUACAUCAGAGAUUGACAAGGAAGAGAAAGAACAAACCACUCAAGACCCUAAAGUCCCUGACUUGACCAGUGAAGCAAAUCCCCAGUACGUAGGAUUGGCAAGGAAGAACAGUGGCAUUCUGCUGCUCACUCUGGUGUCCUUCCUCAUUCUCAUACUCUUCCUCAUAGUCCAGCUCUUCAUAAUGAAGCUGCGGAAAGCACACAUGAUAUGGAAAAAAGAAAAUGAAAUUUCAGAUCACACACUAGAAAGUUACAGAUCGAGGUCAAAUAAUGAAGAAACAUCAUCCCAAGACAAAAAUGGCCAAACUUCCCACCCUAAGGGCUGUAUGAACUACAUCACAAGGCUUUACUCAGAAGCAAAAAUAAAGGGGAAGGAAAAUGCACAACAUUCAAAAUUAAAAGGAAAGCACAUUCAUAUACCGGAGAGCAUUGUGUAG